AUGUUAGAGAAAGUUUUCAGACUUGAGUGCGGUUAUCAGAACUACGAUUGGGGUAAACUUGGUUCAUCAUCAGCUGUAGCCCAAUUUGUUAAGAAUUCAGAUUCUUCAAUCGAGAUUGAUGAAGAUAAACCAUAUGCCGAGUUAUGGAUGGGAACUCACCCAAGUGUCCCAUCAAAAGCUAUUGAUUUUAACGAAACCCUACGUGACUUAAUUACUGAGCAUCCAAAGGAAUUAUUAGGAGACUCAAUAAUUGCCAAGUUUGGUUCAUCAAAGGAGAUUCCGUUCUUAUUUAAGGUUUUAAGUAUUGAAAAAGUAUUAUCGAUUCAAGCUCAUCCAGAUAAGAAAUUGGCUGCACAAAUACAUAAGCAGGAUCCCAAAAACUAUCCCGAUGACAACCACAAGCCGGAAAUGGCUAUUGCUGUUACCGAUUUCGAAGCAUUCUGUGGGUUUAAACCAGUCGACCAAUUAGCAAAAAGUUUGGAAACUGUACAGGAAUUGAGAAGAAUCAUUGGUGAAGAUAUAAGUAGGCAAUUUAUUGAUCUGGUAAAACCAAAUGCCAAAAAGGGAUCUUUAGAGGAUAUUACGAAUCGCCAACUAUUACGUAAAGUGUUUGGUAAAUUAAUGAACACUGACGAAGAGACAAUGAAAAGGGAAACAGCAAGCCUAGUCCAAUCAAGUAUAGACGAGCCAGAAAUCUUUUCCAAAUUAGACUCUAGGCUACCAGAAUUGAUCCAGAGAAUGAACAAACAAUUUCCCAAUGAUAUUGGAUUAUUCUGUGGGUGUAUUUUGUUAAAUCACGUUCAUUUGAACAAGGGAGAAGCAAUGUUCUUACAAGCCAAAGAUCCACAUGCUUAUAUCAGCGGUGACAUUAUUGAAUGUAUGGCUGCUUCUGAUAAUGUUGUGCGUGCAGGUUUUACCCCAAAGUUCAAAGAUGUGAAAACUUUAGUUGAGAUGUUGACCUAUACUUGCGAGCCUGUAGAAGAACAAAAGAUGAAACCAAAAACAUUUCCUAGAGCCCAAGGUGAUGCCAAAACUGUCAGCUUGUUUGAUCCUCCAAUUGAAGAAUUUUCCGUUUUACAAACCGUGUUUAACAAAAUUGGCGGUAAAGAAACUUUCCAAGCCAUUGAUGGCCCUUCAAUUAUGAUUGCCACUAGCGGGACCGGCUACAUUCAACAAGUAGGAGUUGAGGAGGCCAAGAAACAGAGAAUCAAUACUGGAAAUGUCUACUUUAUUGCGCCCAACACUGAAAUUGAAUUGAUAGCGGAUAAGGAUCAAAGUGAAGAGUUUACCACUUAUAGAGCAUUUGUUGAAGUCUGA